UGCGUGUCGGCCUGUCGUGUAGCAUAACCUAUAAAGUAUAGGAAAUCUGUCCUAUACACUUUAUUACAGUUUUUCACGUUUUUAUUGAAAAUUAUAGAGUUUAAAUCGACGACAUAAUGGCAGAAGCGAUGAGACAAACCGUUGCGGAUAUGCUGAAGGGAAUAGAAAGAUACAAUCCUGAGAAUUUGACAACUUUAGAAAAAUACGUCGAAAUUCAGGCAAGAGAAAAUGCCUAUGACCUCGAAGCAAAUCUCGCAGUUUUGAAACUUUACCAGCUCAAUCCACAACGAUAUAAUGUGGAUAUCACGAGUCAGAUUCUUCUCAAAGCUUUAACCAACUUGCCACACACAGACUUUGUUCUCUGCAAAUGCCUCUUGAGUGAAAAAAUUAUGUCAGAAGAACCUGUAAACCACAUCAUGUAUCUGGGAGAUAUCCUGGAGCAGUGUGACUUUCAACAUUUCUGGGAACGCGUGCGAUCCAUGUCUAAUUUAUACGACAAUAUCGUCGGCUUCCAGGACUCAAUUCGAAAAUUUGUAUGCCACGUUGUGGGAAUCACAUUCCAGACGAUAGACAAGCCUCUUCUCUCACAGCUUUUGGGCGACAUUGACGAUAAUAUGCUCGGCAACUGGAUAAACAAAUACGGCUGGCAAGAACAGAACAGAGGAGGAAAGAAGUUUAUUUUCAUUGCCAAUCAGGAUGAAAAUAUCAAAACCAAAAAUAUCACUGAGAAAAUCGACUUCGAAAAUGUCGCCGGUCUCAUGGCUGCUUGUUUGUAAACUACAAAUUUUACUUCCAAAUCGACGAGAGGUCACAGUUUUUAUUUUUACAAAAUGAGCAAAAUUUCGCACACAACUUAUUCAAAUAAAUUCUUCGAUUACCUGAAAAAAAACGAAUGUCUAAAAUAUUUUAUUCUAUAAUAAAUUCGUGUGCAUAAUUCGUCGCUUUUGGUUUUUAAUUGAUGGAGAUUGAAAUAAAAACACGAGAUUUUUUGUUCCACUUAUAUUUCGAUAGUCUCGAAACUAAAUAAAUAAGAUUUUCUAAGGAA